AUGUCGACCUUUGGGAGCCACUUUCGGGUGACAACAUACGGCGAGUCACAUUGUGCCUCGGUCGGGUGCAUAGUGGAUGGAGUGCCACCCGGUAUGGCACUGAGCGAGGCCGAUGUCCAGGUACAGCUCUCUCGUCGACGUCCAGGACAGUCGAAUUUGACGACGCCUCGCGACGAAAAGGAUGCCGUCAAGAUACAAGCAGGCGUGGAAAAGGGAGUCACCUUGGGUUCGCCUUUGUCUAUGCUAGUGCGAAACGAGGACCAGCGGCCGCAUGACUACAGCGAUGACACCCUAGAUCUGUACCCACGACCGAGUCACGCCGAUUGGACCUAUCUCGACAAGUAUGGUGUCAAGAGUUCCUCCGGCGGAGGGAGGAGUAGCGCUCGAGAGACGAUAGGCCGCGUUGCUGCCGGUGCUGUUGCGGAAAAGUACCUUCGGGAGGCUUUUGGGGUAGAAAUUGUCGCCUUUGUCUCUUCGGUCGGCAAAGUCCACAUUCCUCGCUAUCCUGGCGAGCAGUUGGCUGGCGACGAGUCGGCAAAUGCGGCUGUAGGGGCAGGAUCAAGCUCCAAGCUGGUCGACAACUACAUCGACACGACGGGCCUCACCGAAGAAGAAGCUGAAGAGCCCUUGAGCCUCGAAUUUAGACAGCUCCUGGCAACGAUUACCAGGCAAGACGUCGAUAAGACAGACAUCCGAUGUCCUCAUCCCGUCGCUGCCGAACGCAUGCGCCAGCGCAUCCUUCUGGCCAAGUCAAAUAAUGAUUCCAUUGGUGGUAGUGUGACCUGCGUCAUUCGAAAAGUGCCAUCGGGCUUGGGAGAGCCGUGCUUCGACAAGCUCGAAGCCAAGCUGGCCCACGCAAUGCUCAGCAUCCCUGCCACCAAGGCAUUCGAGAUUGGCUCAGGUUUCCGAGGAACAGAGGUGCCUGGCUCGCGUCACAAUGAUCGCUUCGUCGCCAAACACGACGGCACCCUUGGCACAGCGACCAAUUGGAGCGGAGGAAUACAAGGAGGUAUUUCCAAUGGCGAAGAGAUCUACUUCCGCAUCGGCUUCAAGUCGCCCGCCACCAUUUCACAAAAUCAAUCCACAGCAACGUACUCGGGCAAGGAUGGCACCUUGGCGACUCGUGGACGACACGACCCAUGUGUCGUGCCGCGUGCCGUUCCCAUCGUCGAGUCGAUGGCUGCUCUCGCCAUCAUGGAUGCGCUCUUGGCUCAAGAUGCAAGGACAAUGGCCGCCUCACGACUCAACGCUGGUCCCGUUCUGGCAUUGCCCAACAGCAUGCAUUUGCCCAGCAAGCUCAAGACCAGACAGGAUCAUCUCAGCGGAUCUUAA